ACAUAGACACACCCAGGCAGACAUACACACACAAAGGCACAACCACACACAUUCACACACACACACACACACACACACACACACACACACACACACACACACACACACACACACACACACACACACACACACACACACACACACACACACACACACACACACACACACAACCCAUACACUUGCUGUCGGAUGUGGUUCUCUCUGUACCCUGUCGGUGAACAAUAAUCUGUGGUUGUAAGUAUAUAGGUAACCUCCCAGCCUGUCACCCUGUGAACAGGUCUGAUCUCUGCUCUCCUCAGCGCUGGGAUCUGUUCAUUCAUGUGUGAACUCAUCUGAGGCGUAAGAGGGACGGAAACACAUGAAAUGGAGAAGCAGAGUCCUCUCUUCUUCUGCUUUCAACCGCUCCUCUCCGGCCACCGUGUCGACAGCCCGUGACUCACGUCUGGAGGAAGCGAUGACUCGGGGGCUUCGGGCUCGCUGUGAACAUUAAGUCUCUGCAUCGCUGGCCGACGGCAGGAAGGACCGCGCUGAAGGAAACAGGUUAUUUUGGUGCGACGGACAUAAGGAUAAGUUGUUGUGUUCAGAGCUUGCACUGCACUCGCUCUGCCUAUUCUGCCCAGAGCAGGGUUUGGAUCCCAGUCUAGGUUCAGGUCUGGGUCUGGGUCUGGAUCUGGUUCAGGGUCUGGGUCUGGGUCUGGGCCUAGGUCAGGGUCUGGGCACCCAGCCUACGGGCCAUGUGAGAUGGAGCUGAGCUCGUGCACAGAGGACCGGAUCCACCAUGCCCUCCAGCGGUGCCUUGCGGGCCUGCACCGCGACGCCCCCAACCAGGACUUCUGGAACGCCGGUCUGAGUCUGAACCGUUGGGGUCUGGAGGAGCUUCUGAGAAGGGAGGAGAAGAACUCAGUGAUCCUGCUGCAGCACCUCCUCACCAAGACCCAGGAGGUGUUGGAGUCCAGUCAGUAUGAGCUGGUGGUGCCUCUGACCCUGCUGUUCUCCUCCACCCUCCUCGAGACCUCCCAUUGGGUUCCAGAAGGUUCAGUUCUCCAGAAAGCCUACAGCCUGUUCCACAGCUUCCUGUCGUGGCCCCAGCCCUGCAGCUUGGCCUCCAGGCGGCUGCUGAAGGUGCUCUCCACGGAGCUCCGCGCUCCAGGUAUCUCUUUUCAGAGGCUGGUGAGAGAAGAGCAGUGGCUGAAUUCAGGGAACCACCACGCUAAGACCAUCACGGUGCUGCUGGGUGGCGGGGGGGAGGCUGGGCCCCCAGAUGUCCGGGCCCUCUCCGACCACCUCCAGCGGGGGGGGAUGACCCCGCGGGCCGCCGCUGUCCACCUUGUCUCCCACGCCGUCCGGGCGUCGCUAGGCAACGCGUAUGCCCCGCGGCGGCUCCAAGCUGCGCUGCAGGCCAGAGGAGAUGAGGAGCUGCAGGAGGUGCUCGCCGUGGUGACGGACAGCAUGGAGACGGCCGCGUCCUCAGGGGCACAGCCUGAGACCGCCAGGCGGGCUCUCAUGGGGCAGAUGGAGCAGCUAGCCCAGAGCCUCGGGCUAGGUAGCUCCCAGGCUAACGGCGGCGAGGUCAGCAAAGGGUCGCCUCGCAGCGCCGAUAACCUCUCAGGAGAAGGGGACGAAGGUCCUGAGGAUGUGCUCCAGCUGCCGUUUGCCAAAUGCCACGUGUGUCCCUGGGAGAAAGACAACUUUGAUAAUCUGAGCUCCAUCCUGGCCAACGUUGUCCACCACGACCUGGGGCCCGACCUCUACUACGACUCAGAGGAGGAGCAGGAGGAGGAGGAGGGGGAGGAGGAGGAGGAGGGGGGGAGGAACGGAACGGACGACACAGCGGUCCGAGGGGAACCGGCUGAAACCGGCCGGAGCAAGAAGGAGGCCCGGCCGAACCGGUUCUCAAGCGGCUCCUCGUCCUCCCGGGAUUCGGGGCUGUCCUCCAGCUGGUCUGUCCCGUCGCGCUCGCCCCGGUCGUCGGGCGUUGACAGCGACCUCACCGGGGAGGUCGUCGUGGAGACGGAUGACGGCUCUGCCUCCGGCGCGGUGGCGGCGGAUCGAAGGAAGCCCAAGAAGAAGUCUCAUUCGCUGCUUAGGGUGGAGCGACUGUCCCUGAUGUUCAAGACCCCUCGCAGCCCCACGGCUGGCCGCCGGCCAAUCAGCACGGGGGCCGACGGGACCCUCGGGGCCGAUCCGCCCAACAGCCCCCGCUUCAAACGCUCCAAGUCCCUCCCCCGCCAGGUCAGUGACACGCUUAGGUCACAUCUUAAUGCAUUACAACUCUAUUUAUCUUAUUAUUACAUUAACAUUUACAAUCAGGCCCCUUCGCCGACGCUUUUAUCUGAAGAAAGAGAAACAACAUUAUAUCUCUGUGGGUACUGUAAGGAUGUUCACAGAACCAAGUGCGAAGCACUGACACUCACUAGGUUAACCCAUUCCCCGUAUACAACACAGAUAGCUAGGAUAAGACACUACACAAUGCUAGGUACUAUGGUAAGUGCCAGGACGUACAACAUACACCCCCGCACCCCCCCCGCCCCCCCGCCGGGGGACCGUCCCGUGUGUGUCCGGCGCCGCCCCAUCCUGAGCUGCGAUGAGGCAGAGGGGGAGGAGCCCCCGAGCCACACCCUGGUGCGGGUGGUGGUGCUGGGGGGCGACCGGGAGCUGGGGCGCCUGGCCCGGGCGUACGGCCGCCUGCAGCGCAGCGAGCGCAGGACCCCCAGGCUCACCCGGAGGUGCCGGCUCCAAUUCUUCUUCGUCCCGGCCCGGAGGCCGAUGGGGGAGGGGCCCGCGCCGGGCGACGGCCCGACGGAGGCUCCGCCCCGGGCCACGCCCACCUCGGAUCCCCCCGGACCCCCCCAGCAGGAGGCCUCCACCGACAUGGCCCACCUCCUGGGGCUCAUGGACCCCUGGUACCAGCGCAGCGUCCUGAGCCUCCUCAGCCUGUCCUCCACCAUCCUGUACCAGACUACAGCGACCACAGACGAUGAGGUCACAGGAAGCAGCAGCAUGGAUCGUCUCCCCCUAUUGGCUGACCUGCUGCUGUACUACUGUAGACAUGCCCACCAGCCAGCCCUGCUGCAGCUCUACAGGGCAGAGUUGACGCUGGCGGGGGGGGGCCGGGUCAGGGAGGUGUUCCUCUACUCUCUGGAGCUGGGAAACACGGCCGGAACCCGGGCGGUGCGGGCCAUGGGCGCGGCCAGCAAGCGGUUCGGUAUCGACGGCGACCGGGAGGCGGUCCCACUGACACUGGGCGUGGUCUACAACCAGGUGUCUGUGGGGGGGAGGGGCCGCUGGACGGAUGCGGGGGAGGUGGUCUGCACCUCAAUCAACCUCCACAAGGCCUGCAGGAGGCCGGAGCUGGUCGACCUUGGGGUGGAGAACCUCCUGCUGAGCAUGACCGAGGUCCUGAAGAGGCAGUCAACCCGCUCCAAGAUGGCGGUCAACCGGCUGUGUGUGUCUGAGGUGCGGGUGGACCGGGUGUGUGUGAGGGGCCGCGGCGGGACCACCUUCGCCGUCUGCCUGGACCAGGAUGAGAAGAGGAUCAUUCAGGGGGUCAGCAGGUGCGACGUCUCCCUCUGCUGUAAACCAGGAAGCAGCACUGACUGGCUGUCCCACCGGCCACUCCCGGGCCGCGUCAGACCCCUUCACCCCGCCUACUGCUCCAUGCUCUGCCUCCCCGUCAACUCCUUCACUGCCUCCCCCCACUGACCCCCCCUACCCCCUGCCGGCCGGGGACGCCUCGGACACCGCUGACCGCCCGGAACACCGUGGACCGUCCGGAACACACCGGACGUUCCUGGAGAACAAGGAACACUCAGAACAUCCUGGGAAGGACCGAGAAGGCUCCAGAAAGAUCUGGAACGGAACCACACUGGAGAACGUUAGUGUCUGCUGCCAGUCGGUGCUCCGAGGUUCUGGUCGAGUGUUGUUGGAAGUUCAUAGUUGGUAGGUGAGAAGAACUUCAUGGAGAACAUUGGAACGUUCUUGGGAGUUCUGUAGUGUUGGGUUGGAGCUCAGGUCCACUGGGAUCCCCUGCUCCUCACCCUCACACUCAGGGAGAGGAAGGUUACCACACCGUAAGCAGUGUUACACUCUAAUCUGUCAGUUUAAACUGGACUUCAAUCCGUUACUCUCCUCUUCAUCAUGGACUUCGGUAUAUUUUGCUUUAAGUCAUCGGUCUACAAACAAAGAGCCUCGAUAAACCUUAUUGCCUUCAGAGACAUCCCAUAAUAUGCCGUUCAUUUCAUCUGAUUCUGGUCAGCUAUAUUUGCAGCAAAAGAUUUUUUUGUUUGAACAACCGAAUGACAGACAAGAUUCAUUAAUACAAGAUGCAAAAUGUACAUUUCGUAAUAUAAAAGCUAAAUUAUGUUUAAAUUUUAAAGAUAUAAGGACUAAGCCGUCAAGUGAUGUUAAAACAAUUUAAUGUAAUGUAUUAAUAAAGAGGAGAAUAGAUUUAAGUACUUAACCGUGAGAAGUGGUUUAGGUGUAUUUCAAACCGCUAGGGGGCGCUGUUCAGCUACAACCAUGAAACGGUUGUACAGAGUCUGAUUUCCGAGAAGAUACACAUACAUACGCGCAAAUCUUUUGAAACAAAUCAAAACAUUCCCUAAACUGACCGUUUCAUAAAACGAACAUGAUAAUGUGUGUCAAAGUUUCUUAAUCUUAAUUAACACUUCAUACGUGGCUUCAAACUAUUAUUUCAGUAAUGGACUACAGAGGGUGACAUGGUUCAGGGAUAUAAAUUAUAAAUAAGGUACAAUAAUUAUGCAAUAUUUAACCAGAUUCAUGUUUCUUCAGCGCAUACAGAAUUAUGACGUUAUAUUUUACUAGUUAAAUGAAGAUUUCAAAUGGCUAUAAUUUAUCAUCAUUUGGUGUUCACAUAAUGGCUACUGACUGUAUAAAUAAAUAAUUAUUAUUGUACAUUUUUCACUAUGAAGAUUAAAAUACUUUAUAAAAUAAGAAUAAAUCAUCCCUACUUCCCGAUUCUAUUCUGUUCA